AUGCAGAAUAGCAUAGAUGAAUUCGAAUUUCGAAUGAACGAGUUUUCAGAACUACUUAAAUAAGAUUUGUUUACCAAAGAUGGAAACUAGAAAUUACAAAAUGAUUGUAAAUAUUUUGCCAAUCUAUUUUCUGAUUUACUGAGAGAAAAUUAUAAAUUGAAAGAUUAGAUCAUUGAACAUUUGCGAUAAAUUUCAGGUAAUGUUGAAAAGUAAAUAAGUUUACAGAGAAGAGCUUUAAAAAAUAACAUUUGAUGUCAAUUAAACAACCAAUGAAGAUAGAAAAUUUUCAAAAGAUAUGGCGUCAAUUGAACUGUUAGUUAAGUAUUUAGUUGAAGAUUAACGAUACUUCUAUAUGGAGAAAGAAAAAAUGAUAAAUGCAAUCAAACAAAAGGAUUAAGAAUUUGAAAUGUUAAAAGAAUAACAUAUUUUGUAAAUAAAAGACCUUGAAUAAUAAAUGUUGAAUAGAAAAAUGAAAUGGAAAAAUAGAUUUAAAAAAUAAGUUUAAGAUGGAUUAGAUAAUGUUUAGUAAAUAAAACUAUUGGAAGAUAAAAUAUUAUAACUAAAUUCAGAAAUUGAAUAGCAUUAAUAGAAUAUUUUGAGUUAUGAAUCUGAAAUAACAAGAAAGGAUUUGAAAUUAUAAUAUUACUAAAAAUUAGAAUAAGAAUUCUAAACUAAAUAGACAGAUAUUGAUAUUAAACAUGAUUUUGCAAUGAAAGAAUUAUAAAAAAAAUAUAGAAAUGAAAUGAAAGAAUAAAAAAUAUAAUAUGCAAAUAAUCAAAAAUAAUUAUAAAACAAUUAUGAAGACAAAUUUUAAAUUUUAUAAAAAAAUGCUGAAGUAUAUCAAGUUUAAUUAGAAUAAAAAACUAAUGAAUUUUUGAAACUAUCAAGUGAAUAUGAUGCUUUAAUUCAAUUAUAUAAAGAAAAUAAAGAAAAAUAUAGUGUAGUUGUUUAGGAUUUAGAAAAUUCAAUAUAAACAUAAAAAUAGGAAAAACAAGAACUCUUAGAAAAAUAUACAAAAUUAAAUGAAGAUUAUGAAUUAACUAAGAAAUAACUUAAAAGUUCCAAAGAAGAAGUAUUUAGAUAAGCUAAUGAUAUUCAAAAUUAAUAAAAAGAAAUUAAAUCACUUUAAUUAAAUGUUUAAGCUCUAGAAAAUAAAAUGAAAGAAAAAGUUGAAAGAUUUUAGAGAUUACAAGAAUAAAUGAAAGUUGAUCAUAAUAAAUAAUGUUAAAAGAUUAAAGAGGAUAUGGAAAAAUAAUCUGAUAAUAGAUUGAAUUAAUUGUAAAAAAAUGCAUAAGAAUAAUAUGAAUUAUUAACUCGAUAAAAAAAUACAGAAAUAAAUAGAUUAAAAGGAUAAUUGGAUACUUCAAUAAGUAAAUUUGAAUAAUAUGAAUUGAUACAUAAAGAUCAAAUAAAUAAAUUAGAAUAACAAGCUUAAAUGAAGUAAAUAGACUUUAAUGAAAAAGUAGUAAAAUUAAAAGAAUAAUAAAAUCUUUAAGAAAUGAUAAUAAAAAAUAAGGAUACAGAAAUUUAAUAAUUGAAUGCUAAAAUUUAAAUUUAAGUUGAUGAAUUCAAGAUGCAAUUAAAAGAAAUAGAAUCAAAAUUUCAAGAAGAAAUUAUUAUUUUAAGGGAUGGGGUUGAAAUACUUAUUAAAUCUGCAAAAAAGCCAUUAGAAGAUAAAAUACUAAGUUUAACAGCUUCUUGUGAAUAAAAAUAAAAUUAAUUAGGAAAUCUAUAAAAUCAAUUAAAUUAAUUACAAUCUAAAUAUAUAGAUUCUGAAUAAAAAAGUCAUGAAAGAAUUAUUUAAUUAUAGGAUGAAAUGAAUAUGUCUUUAAAUAUUUUUAAUAAAAUGAAUGAUAAUUUGACAACAAAAUUAUAAAAAAUGAUGGAAUAAACUAAACAAAUUUAAUAAAAUUAUUUUAUUUUGAGUGAAUAAGUAUAAACAAAGAAUAAUGAAUUAAUUUAAUUGUAAUAAGAAAUAAAUAAUAAAGAAUAUGCAAGACAAUAAGAAAAUCAUAAACAUUAAAAAUUAGUUAAAGAAUUAUAAAUAUUUAUAGGAAAUAAAGAAUUAGAAUUAUAAUAAUUAAAUAAUUAAUAUAUUGAAACUCUUGGGAUUACAUAAUAAUAGAAUAUUAAGAUAUAAAAUAUCAAUUAUCAAUAUUAAUAAGAAAAAGAAAGUCUUAUCUAGGAGAUUGCUAAAAAAUAAAACUUAAUAAUUUAAUAAUAAGAAGAAAUUACUGUAGCCAAAUAAAGUGCUUUAUAAUAAAAGUAAAAUUUAGAAUAAUAAUUAUCUAACUAAAAAAGUAAUUAUGAAGAAUAAGUUAAGAUUUUGGAAGAAAAUUAAAUUAAAUUAGAAUUAAUUGAUAAAGAAUUGUAAACAGAAUUUUAAUCGAAUAGUAUAAUAUAAUAGGAAAAUUAAGAAUUUCAAUAAUUUAAUGAAGGAAAGGAUUCAGAAGUUAUGAAGGAAAUGGAAUUAAAUCAUUAAAAGGAGAAGGCUGAAUUGAUAAUUAGAUAUGAAUAAAUAAUUGAAUAAUUAACAUAAGCAACAUAAUAAGAGGGUAAUGAAAAUUAAGAGUAAAGAAGUCCUAUAAUUUAAAUAGUUGAGAAAAUAGUUUAUAAAGAAGUGCCAAAAAAAGAAAAUCAUAUUUAAGGAUUAGAUGUUAUAGUAAAAUAAUGUUAAAAAGAAUUAGAGGAAGCUAAGGAGAAAGCAUAAGCAGAUAAAUAAGAAAGUUAGGAAUAUGUUAAUUAAUUAACACUUAAAUUUCAAGAUAUUUUAAAAGAAAAUGAAAAGGAAUUAGAUGAUAUGAAUGAAUAGGUAUAGAUUUUAAAAAAUUAAAUAACUUAAUUGAAGAAAGAUAAUAAUAUGUUGAAAUCAGAUAUGAUUGAAUAAGAAUUAAAAUAUUAAUUGUAAAUUUAAUAGAUGAAGGAGUAGAGUGAUGUUUAAUUAAAUACAUUAACUGAGACUUGUAAUUAAGAAAUUGAAGAGUAUAGAAAGAAAUAUGAAGAGAAAUACACUCAAUUUGAAUAAUUAAGAAAAUAAUAUUAAGAAAGAUUGGCAAGACCAGAUGAUACUGAGACAAUCUAACGUUUACUUAAAGAUCAUCAAGAACUAUAUCAUUUAGUAGUAAAUGCUUAUGAAAAAGUAAAAGAAGCAGGAGAUAUAAUAAAAUAUUUAGAUUUAGAAGUAUAAAAUUAUAAGAAAGCUAAUGAUAUAUUUGGAGGUUCUUAAAUUUCAUCUCAACCACCUCCUAGUUUAAGUACAUAGAAAAUGCUUUAGAGAGUAGCUUAAAUCAAAUAAGAUUUAGAAGUCACUUAGAAUAAAAUAUAAUCAAAAAAAUCAGAUAACACUUUAGCAAGAGAAAAUACAAAUAAUUAAGAAGAGAGACAAUUGUCACAUUUAUCUGAUUAUUCAGAAUUAAAUUCUAAAUUAUAAUUAGAUUCUAAAUUACCACCAAAAAGAAAAAAACUCCCUAAAAUGAUGACAUCUAUGAGAUCGAAUUUAAGUGAUGCAUAACCAUCAUCUUAAAACCAAACCUAAAGAUAAAUAGAAGAGAAACCAGAAGUACCUUUAUUCAAAUUUGAUUAAGAUGAUUAAGUAAUAAUGGAAGCACCAGUUUCAUUUAAUGCUUUUGUAGAUUAAAGACAACAUGGAAGUUAAAUGUCUCAAUAAAGAUAAAAUAAAUAUACAGUUUAUAUAGAAAAGAAGAAAAAAGAUAUGAUAAAUAUAUCUGAUAUUGUAUAGUAACAAUAAGUAAGUCCUGCUGAAUCCAGAUAUACUAAAAGAAGACAAGAAUUAUAAUAAUAGUAGUAAUAAUAACCUAAAAAGUUUGUGCCUUAUUAUUUAAGAAAUCCAGAAGUGCAACCAAGAUUUAAAUCUUAGAAAAAAGAUUCAUCUUUUAAAUUUAAUUGA